CACAGGCGGCGGUGUAAAAAAAGAAAGUUGACUUGUAAUAACCUGACGACGUAAAUGUUGGUUUUUAGUUAUGCUUGAUUCAUUUACUGUAAAAAAUGAGAACAUUAAAGGGUGUUUUGCUCGCUGUGGUGUAGUUACGCUAAUUAGCGCUCACUGUUGCCUUGGUUACGACAAAGCCACAUUARCAUGGCGCUAACUUGACUGAGCCGCUCCAGCCUCUUUGUUUCAUGGGGUUCCUCCGCUCUGUUUAUUGGCUCAGAGACUGUCCGUCCUUUUUUUUUUCCUCCACUACAGCACCUCCUCCUCCUCCUCCUCCUCCCCACCCAGCCCCGCACCACACCAGCUCCUGUCUCUUCUCGGAGGAGCGGCGGGGCUGAGAUGUGGCUGCGGUCCGCUGACUCUCCCUUCCUGUGCAGCCGUGUGUCGGAGAGGAGCGCCCGGGAUCCACGGCGAUGYGCUCCGGCGGCGGGCUGAAAUAAGAGGGAGUCGCCCCGGGAGGGGAGCCAGGAGACCAGGAGUAAAAUAAAAAUACAAACAAACUGCAGCGGAGGAGAUUUUUUUCCUCAGGAGGAUGACUGAAUGCUGACAAAGAAAACAGGGAGCCCCUCUGGCUUUGUGGACACCCUAACCUGAGAGACCCGCUGAUCUCUGACACACAUUUUAUAUUAAUACGAGCUUCAGGGGGGAACCAUGCCUGUCCGGAGAGGGCAUGUUGCGCCACAAAACACAUUUUUAGGGGUGAUUAUCCGGAAAUUCGAAGGACAAAAUAAGAAGUUCCUCAUAGCCAACGCCCGCGUGCAGAACUGUGCGAUCAUCUACUGCAACGAUGGCUUCUGCGAGAUGACGGGCUUCUCCAGGCCGGACGUCAUGCAGAAGCCGUGCACGUGCGACUUCCUGCACGGCCAGUUCACCAGCCGGCACUCUGUGGCCCAGGUGGCCCAGGCACUGCUGGGCUCGGAGGAGCGCAAGGUGCAGAUCACCUACCACCGCAAGGAUGGUUCAAAGUUCCCCUGCACAACCCACAUCAUCCCUGUGAAGAACGAGGAGGGUGUGGUCAUGAUGUUCAUCCUGAAUUUCGACUACAUUUUGGAAGAAGGAAGCAGUGAGUCACUGGAGAGACUCAACCACACAUCACCCAACAAAGCUGAACAACGACGGGGGAGAUUCUUUCGCUUCCGGUUCCCGGCCUUACCUCUCCUGGGCAUCAGCAAGCAGUCCCUUCCGCAGGAGGACCCAGACGCUGUCAUGGUGGACUCCCCCCGCCACAGCGACAGCUCCGUUGCAACGCACAACUACCAACUUCCUGCCACCCGCGAGAGCUGCAGUCCCUCCUACGCGAACGACACUCGGGCUCUCAUCGGGCCCAGCCAUUGUUCCACCCCCAUGUCUGGACCUCUGAACCACUCAUCACCCAAAGGCCCCUGGGAUCGGUUGUAUCCAGAGCAGACCCAACACGAGAGCCAGGAGGACACACUGACAGCGGCACCAUCAAUCCCAGGACUCACUCCAACAGCCUCCAGAGAGACCGUGUGCAGUAUACGCAGAGCCUCCUCCGUGCAUGACAUGGAAGGUUUUGGAACCAAGUCAAAGCUGGUCUUUAGGGACAGACACGCCAGUGAAGACAAUGGUCGCAAUAUCAAAGUGUCACGCUCCUGGAUGGCUGGGGGGCCUCUCAGCCACAUCAAAUCCAGCCUGCUGGGCUCCACCUCUGACUCAAACCUCAACAAGUACAGCACCAUCAACAAGAUCCCCCUCAUCACGCUCAACUUCUCAGAGAGCAACAAUGAGAAGAAGUGCCCCUCCCCUCCGUCCUCAGAGAAAACCAUCAUUGCACCCAAAGUUAAAGACCGGACACACAACGUCACCGACAAGGUCACACAGGUCCUCUCUCUCGGUGCGGACGUCCUUCCUGAGUACAAGCUGCAGACGCCACGUAUCGACAAGUGGACCAUCCUCCAUUACAGCCCGUUUAAAGCCGUGUGGGACUGGCUCAUCCUGCUGCUCGUCAUCUACACGGCCAUCUUCACGCCCUACUCCGCCGCCUUCCUGCUCAACGACAUCGAGGAGCGGCAGCGGCGAGAAUGUGGCUACUCCUGCUCCCCGCUGAACGUGGUGGAUCUGAUCGUGGACAUCAUGUUUAUCGUGGACAUCCUCAUAAACUUCAGGACCACGUACGUCAACUCCAAUGAGGAAGUAGUCAGCCACCCGGCCAAGAUCGCCAUCCAUUACUUUAAAGGCUGGUUCCUCAUAGACAUGGUGGCGGCCAUACCCUUUGACCUGCUCAUCUUUGGCUCAGGAUCAGAAGAGACCACCACUCUMAUUGGUCUACUAAAGACAGCCCGUUUGCUACGACUGGUUCGAGUUGCCCGUAAGCUGGACCGGUACUCAGAAUACGGKGCUGCUGUUCUUAUGCUGCUCAUGUGUAUCUUUGCGCUGAUUGCCCAUUGGUUAGCUUGCAUCUGGUAUGCAAUCGGCAACGUGGAGAAGCCUUAUCUGGAGCAUAAGAUCGGCUGGUUGGACAACCUCGGGGUGUCAAUAGGAAAAAAAUACAACACCACUGACCCUGCCUCAGGCCCCUCCAUCAAAGAUAAGUAUGUGACGGCGCUCUACUUCACCUUCAGUAGUCUGACCAGUGUCGGCUUUGGGAAUGUCUCCCCCAACACCAACUCUGAGAAGAUCUUUUCUAUCUGUGUCAUGCUCAUCGGAUCUCUAAUGUACGCCAGCAUCUUUGGGAACGUGUCCGCCAUCAUCCAGAGGUUGUAUUCAGGUACGGCCAGGUAUCACCUGCAAAUGCUCCGGGUCAAAGAAUUCAUCCGCUUCCACCAGAUCCCCAACCCACUGAGGCAGAGGCUGGAGGAGUACUUCCAACAUGCCUGGACGUACACCAACGGCAUCGACAUGAACAUGGUCCUGAAGGGUUUUCCAGAGUGCCUGCAGGCCGACAUCUGCCUCCACCUCAACAAGAGCCUCCUCCAUGGCUGUAAGGCAUUUCGUGGGGCAACUAAGGGCUGCCUGCGGGCACUGGCCAUGAGGUUCAAGACGACCCAUGCUCCCCCCGGGGAUACGCUGGUCCACUCUGGAGACGUGCUCACGGCGCUCUACUUUGUGUCCCGCGGAUCCAUCGAAAUCCUUAAAGAUGACAUUGUGGUGGCCAUCCUGGGUAAAAACGACAUCUUCGGUGAAAUGAUCCAUCUGUUCGCCAAGCCAGGGAAGUCGUGCGCGGACGUGCGAGCGCUGAGUUACUGCGACCUGCACACCAUUCAGAGGGACGACAUCUUGGAGGUGCUGGACAAGUACCCAGAGUUUGCUGACCACUUCUUCACCAACCUGGAGCUGACCUUCGAUCUCCGUGAUGAAAACGCAAAGACGACCCACACAAAGACAAGUGAUUCUAACAUGGACUUGAAGUGCCGAAGACGAGUUUCCUACAAGAGGAGAUCAUCCACAGGUCAGAGUAAAAUACUGGUAUUUAGUCAGUGGAGUACAUCUUCUUGUCUAGAUUUCUAUCAAAUGGUACAUAUGUAUCAUAUGUUCCACCAGGGCCUACUUAACCUGCUGGUAGGCCCUGUGGUUAAGGGGUCCUGUAGACACCCCCAGGUUUGGAAUCCUGGUUGCACUAAUCAGCUAAUAGCUAAUAGUCAGUUUCAACACUGAGCACCAUUCAGACCAAUUUCUGAUGGACAGUAUUUACAAAUUUAUAACCAACCAGGUUACUGAAAGCACUUC